AUGGCAACGCCAGGCCUGCAACGCUCGCUGACCGACGAGAAACACGAACAAGUGCAGCGCGAAUACCUUGCGCAAGAUGAAAUUCCGGAGAUCAUCGAGAACAAGAAGAAAGAAGAUGCGUUGCGACGGAAGCUGGAUUGCUUCGUUGCGCCGGUCAUGAUGAUGCUGAUGCUCAUCAGCUAUCUGGAUCGCGGUAACAUUGGGUUUGCUGCGACGCAGGGUAUGACGACGGAUAUUGGACUGAAGGGGAGCGAGCUGAAUACUGCUGUAUCGGUAUUCUACAUCUUCUACAUUCUUGCCGAAUUCCCCACCUCACUGCUAGUCAAGCGUCUCCAGUUCAACCGAGUGAUUCCAACAAUUACUUUCUGCUGGGGCAUCACAUGUCUUUGUACGGGCUUUGUGCAGAACUUCGCUGGCCUGGUUACGACGCGCAUCUUCCUCGGCUUCUUCGAAGGCUGCCUGUUCCCAGCGAUGACACUUUUCUUGUGUAACUGGUAUACUCGGGAAGAGCUGGGUAUCCGCAUCGCAUAUCUAUUCAUCGCGUCGGCGUUGUCGGGAGCCUUUGGUGGCCUCAUCGCAUUCGGCAUCUUGUACAUGAACGGAGUUGUUGGGUGGUCGGGGUGGCGAUGGCUUUACGUUAUCGAGGGUAUCAUCACCAUUAUAUGGGCAGCCUGUUGCAUCUUCCUGGUCCCCAAAUCCUUCGAAACCGCCUACUUCCUCAAUGACGACGAGAAGGCUCUCAUGCGCCAGCGCGCACAUAGAACACAGGCUUACUCCGAUUCUGAGGGCUCCGGUCAUUAUGGAAAGGCUGAUAUCAGAGAAGCAGCGAAGGACAUCAAGAGUUGGGUGCAUGGUGUGAUUCAGAUCGCUGUCGUGACGAUUCUGUAUGGUUUUGGAACCUUCUUACCCAUCAUCAUCCGCAACGGGUUCAACUUCUCCACCAAACAGGCACAAUAUCUCGUCAUUCCCGUCAACAUCUGGGGCGCUAUCGUCUAUGCAAUCGGCGCAUACCUGUCCGACCGGUAUCAAACGCGCUUCCUGCCCCUGAUCCUCAUGGCGCCUGUAGGCAUCGCCGGCUACGCCAUCCUCCUCUCUCCAGUCAGCCCAUACGUCCAAUACUUCGCCACAUACCUCAUCGCAACAGCCUGCUUCCUCUGCACCGGUGGAAACAUAACCUGGCUAUCUGCGAACUGUGCACCUGAUGGCAAACGCGCAGCUUCUUUGGGCAUCUUGCUCACACUCACCAAUAUUGGUGGUGUGGUAUCUGGUCAGAUCUAUCAGAGCAAUGCGGCGCCGAAGUAUACUUUGGGCCAUGCGUGGAGUUUGGGCUGCUUAGCUUUUGCAUGGUGCGGAUGGUGGAUUGUUAGGGCGAUAUAUAGAAGGAGGGAGAAGAGGAAGGAUGUCAAACUUGCCCAAGGGUAUACUAUGCCUGCUGGCAAGCAGUACACGGAUCGUGAACCGGAUUUUAGGUAUCAGAUAUAG